GAAAAUAGGUAUCAAAAUUAGAUUCCCGUGAAACAAAUAACAAUAAUCAAAAUCAGCAAACUCUGAUCUGAUUCCAAAAUGUAAAAUUGGUGAACCAAACAAAGUCUCAGAAAAGUUCAGAAGCAACCAAGCCCCGUUUCGCAACAAGAGAACAGUACAGGGACCGGCCAUACAUUUUUACCCGGAGUUGCAUCAUCGUCGCCCCCCGAAACCUAACGACCGGAAACGCGUCAAGCCAAAGAUCGCCGGAGGGGAGGAAGGAGGAGGAGUCGGCGGCGGACGGAGUCGGCGUUGAUGGGGGAGGCGAGUUCGGCGGAGGAGAGGUACGAGCGAUUAGGGCUCAGGGAAGCGCUCUCGCGCGAUGCCGACUACGCGGGGGCGUGUUACGAGCUCGCCCGCACCCUCCGCCUCGCCUACGCGCCCCUCCCCAAGGGCUUCAAAUCCCUCGUCCUCGACGACACCCUCUUCGCCCUCCGAAUCCUCCCCGAUGCGCAGACGGGGAAUGCGAUAUCAUCAGCCAACAUCCUUGUACAAGCUGCAGAAGCUGUACUGCCCAAACAGAAAAAGGCGCUGGUGGCUUCGGAGUACAAGCACUCUGUCAUUGCGCAUUUGAGGCGUGCGAAAGCGCACCAAGUUGGAGAUUCGGUGCAAUUACCGUAUGAUUUGCUUGUUCACAUCUUCAGAUAUCUGGACGUGCGAUCUUUAGUAGCUGUGAGUUUGGUCUGCUGGGCAUGGAACUCUGCUGCAAAUGGUAAUAACUUGUGGCAGAUGCUGUAUUCGCUGUUCUUCGGGGAUGGCUAUAAGAUUUGUGGAAGUGAAGAGGAAGGUUAUCAAUCUAUUCAGCACAACAGGAUAGGUCCAGAAAGAAUAACAGAUGUGAAUCCAGCGAGCAGUUUUAAUUGGAAAAGGGCUUUCCGGAGGAAAUAUACAGGUAAUUCAUCGUUCAAGUUCACACCAAUUAGGGCAUUUUGCACAUGCUGUGGAUCAAAAUUUUGGUUCAGUAAUCUGACAUGUGCUACCCCACACGACUGCCACAAGCUCGGGAAUUAUGAAGGAAAAAUAAGACCAAUAUCCACUAGUCGGGUUGUGGAGUAUCUGUUGGGUGCGGCGAAGUUGACAUCGUCGUCCUCUGAUGGUUCUUCCUCUUCAGAUAGUGAUAAUAGUGAUUCCGAGGACCUGUUGCCGAGCAGAGCACGGCAGCUUCCCAAGUUGUGGGCCUAUCCGAAGCUCGAGAGGAACUGACAGCUUGUUAUCGAUGUUUACAAGAGCUAAUUCAUGGACUGCUCGAUCGUCGUCCAUGUUCGAAGUUGUUAGAUGAUUGCAAGUUAAUUGUCCGGAGAGAAACAGAUGAUUUUGAUUUUCAUGUUGUAAAUUGAAAGUGUUUAGAUUUGGGUUGUUGCAAUGAUGAUAGCCUCUAGUUGCAACAAUGUGAAUUUCGGUUCCAAUACGGGGUAUGAAAAAUCGUUUCCACCCGUUAA